AUGAGCAGCCAGGGCAAGGUCUUCUGGGCCGUCGCGGGCUACAUGGCCUGCAGCGCGACGCUGCUCAUCGGCAACAAGCUCGCCGUCCACAUGCUGCCGGCGCCGUCGUUCAUCCUCUGGGCCCAGCUCGCGGGCACGGUCGUCGCCGUGAAGCUCGCCCACUUCGGGGGCGCCAUCUCCCACAUGGACGCCCUGGAGUGGCCCAAGGCCAAGGCCUUCUUCCCCGUGGCGCUCAUCUUCGUCGCGACGAUCUUCAGCAACAUGAAGAGCCUCGAGUACGCGAACGUCGAGACGUUCAUGAUCUUCCGCUUCUCGACGCCGCUCUGCGUGAGCGUCUGCGACUACCUCUUCCUCGGGCGCCACCUGCCGACGACGCGGUCCUGGCUGAGCCUCUUCGGGCUCCUCGUCGGCGCCGCGGGCUACGCGCUCACGGACGCGUCGUUCGUCGUCAAGGGCUACGCGUUCUGCGGCUUGUGGUACUUCAUCUUCUGCCUGGACCAGGUCUACCUGAAGCACGUCACGUCGACGGUGAAGAUGGAGAGCAACUGGGGCCGCGUCUUCUACUCGAACCUCCUCGCGUCGCUGCCGCUCAUGUUCAUGUGCCUGGCGGAGAAGGACGUGAUCCUGAGCGCGUCGUCCGACGCGCUCCUGGUCGUGGGCGGCACGGUGCUCCUGGGCGCGGCCAUGUCCUACUACGCCUGGAUGGCCCGGUCCCUCGUGUCGGCGACGUUCUUCACGAUCCUCGGCAACAUCUGCAAGGUCGUGAGCAUCGGCAUCAACGUGACCAUCUGGGACAAGCACGCGACGCCCUUCGGCAUCGCCUGCCUCCUCUUCUGCCUCGGCGCGGCCUACUUCUACAAGCAGGCGCCCCUCCGCAACCAGCCGCCGGAGCUCCCCCUGUCGAAGUGA